UCCGCACUCACUUCCCCCCUCAGCUGCUGUAGGGAACGCCAGCCAGCUCAGCCCUGAAGCCAUGCCCCUAGGUCUCCUGUGGCUGGGCCUCAGCCUGCUGGGGGCCCUGCACACCCAAGCCCAGGAUUCCACCCCCAACCUGAUCCCAGCCCCACCUCUGUUCAGGGUCCCGCUGCAGCCCAACUUCCAGCCUGACCAGUUCCAGGGGAAGUGGUACAUCGUAGGCUUGGCAGGGAAUGCACUUAAGAAGGAAAAACAAGGCCAGUUUAAGAUGUACGCCACCACCUACGAGCUGAAAGAAGACCGCAGCUACAAUGUCACCUCCGCCCUGCUCAGGGACGAGCGCUGUGACCACUGGAUCAGAACUUUUGUCCCAAGUUCCCGGCCCGGCCAGUUCACCCUGGGCAAUAUUAAGGGCUUCCCCGGGGUGCAGAGCUAUACCGUGCGAGUGGCGACUACCAACUACAACCAGUUUGCCAUAGUGUACUUCAAGAAGGUUUACAAGAACCAGGAGUACUUCAAGACCACCCUCUACGGGAGGACCAAGGAGCUGACCCCUCAACUGAAGGAGAACUUCAUCCACUUCGCCAAAUCCCUGGGCCUCACCGAUGAGUACAUCCUCUUCCCUGUUCCAAUCGAAUACGCUGCUAUCAACUCCAUGUUGGACCAGAUCAACUCCUGUCUGGACCACCUGGAGGAGAAGAAUGACCACCUCCACGCCCGCCUCCAGGAGCUGCUUGAAUCCAACCGGCAGACACGCCUUGAGUUCCAGCAGCAGCUCGGGGAGGCCCCCAGCGAUGCCAGCCCCUAGGCUCUGGGAGCCCCGGCCAGGCUCUGGCCUGAGCACUCACUACCUGGCUUAGAUACCUUCUCAAGGGCUGGCCUACAGAUUUUCCGGGGCAGGGGGAGGUGGUGUUUGCCGGCCUAGGCCACUCUUCUGGUACUUCACUUGGCGUACCUAGGCCCGCCCCACCUCCCGGCACCCCCUCCUCAGGGCUUCCUCCCCACUGCUGGCCAGGUGUGGGCCAGCGACCCACCCACCUUGCCUGUCUGCCCAACUCCUGGACGCUCCCCACGCUGCCCAGGCCUUGAGCGUCCACAUUAAACUGGUCUCCACCACCACUGCGCCUCCUCUCUCCUCUGUAUCCCGGGAUGAGGACCCCAGUGGCCGCCAGAGGUAAACAGGGCAGUGGAGGCAUCCCAGGCAUAGAUCACACACCGGCUCAUAGGCAUGGUGGUGGGGCCGGGCUUCUUGGCCUUCUUGUAUUUCUGGACACAGGUGCAGGUGAGGUCAGGGCUUCCUCCCCACCGGGUGUGCUCCUGGGCAGCGGCUGCUUCCCCAGCCCAGCUGAGACAGCAUCAGCCAUGCUGUGUGACCCUGUGUGAUGUGCUCAGCUUCUCUGGGUUCUAGGGCCUUUCACUAAGACAACCAACACCAAGACAUGCUGUGCAAUAUGUAUAAAAUAGAUAAGAACCUGCUGUGUAAAAAUAAAUAAAAUUCAAAAAAAUAAAGACAUGCUGUGCAACCUUGG